AUGUUGAUCAAUAGACGUAUGCCAACUACAUUGAUGUUGUCAAGAUCAACAAGAUUACGAGUUGCAAGUGAUCACGUGGUCCCAGACAAUGACCCCGUCCCACUGGUCACUGAGAUGGUGGUUGGCACUGGGCCGAUCAAGACCAUUCACUCACCUGGAGUACUGCCGCCAUCACUCACAAGGUUGACACUGGAUCAGAACUUUGAACAUGUUAUCAUGCCAAGAAUGAUGCUACCGACGAUCAGGGAGAUGAAGUAUGACACCAAGAUGCCCCUGGUCAGAUGGUCCAUGCCUGAUCAACUCCACACGUUAAUACUUGGCAACACAUUCAAUCAACCAAUCACUCAAAAUGCCUUGCCACCAGCACUCAAGGUGCUUACAUUUGGAUCCUCAUUCAGUCUCCCCUUGUUCCCUGGAUGCUUCCCUGCCUCGCUCGAGACACUCACAUUAUCGCCGGCAUUCAAUCAUCCGCUCAAGCCUGGACAGCUCCCGCCAGCACUCACCGAGCUUACCUACAACACUGAUCUCCAGUUGGACAUUGGCGUGCUGCCAAACACUCUGAUCACACUCAACUAUGGUCGCACAUAUGACCAGGACAUCAUUCCAGGCUCACUCCCCAACUCACUUCAGCGACUGACCUUUGGAAUGAUGUUCAGUCGCGCAUUCACCCAGGGCGUGUUACCCAACUCACUCACGUCAUUGACGACGUCGGUGAGGUACGACCGGCCCUUCGCCGACCUCUGUCUCCCGCCCGGACUGCGCUUCCUAACCGCGGGCGCGUCUGAGGAUAGGUCUCGCGAGGCCAAGCCGAUCAGGGCCAGUGACCUCCCGGUAUCCCUCACCUCACUAUGCUUGGCCAACACUUAUCAGCAUCCACUCACGCGUGACACAUUCCCCGCGACCCUGCAGACAUUGGAGAUCGAUCCAUAUGACGAUCAGUACAAGAGUGAUGUGUUCCCAUCACAACUCACCAAGCUCACGUUCAGUCGCUUCACAUCCAGCAUACUGCAGCCGGGCAUGCUGCCCACCUCUCUGACAUGGCUGGUCUUUGGCAUGCACUACAGUCGUCCAAUCAGGGCUGGCGUGUUGCCACGCUCACUCACAAGACUGUCGCUGGGCUAUGACUUCACGCCUCCCUCACGCGACGUUGUCCUCUCGAGCGGCAUACGAUGUCUGGACCUGUACCGCAUGAGACAGAUUCAAUACGCGAGGAUGUUGCUUCGUCCUGACGAAACGAUCAUCAACAUCACGGCGAGGUACCGAGCGAGUGACAUGAUCACCACAGACUGUGACCUGCGAUUCAAACAACUCAACAUACCCAUGCAUUUGGACAACCCCGUGGCUGGCUACACUUGGAACAAGCUGGUGCAGGAUUCGAUGCACUAUGUCAGUGUGAUGACCAGGGUCAUACUGGCCAGGACGUAUCAUGCCAGUGGCAACAGUGAUGAAUCAUCUGUCCACGUUCGCAUGAUUGGUAUGACCACGGCACUUUGUGUAUUGGGUGCCACGCGUCCCAGACAAGGUCAGCUCAUCAAGAUCAUCGACCUAUCCGCUCUCAAGGAUCACAGUGAUAUUACUUUAUCAUCGACUGGAUUAUCAGAAAUGAAUGAUUGGAUUGGUCAGUGA